AUUUUCAAUGCACAACUCACAUUCAAUCUUCAAUCAACAAUUCUCAGUCUUCAAUCUUAAAUCAAAAUCCCUUUCGAAAUGGCACCAAAGGCAGAGAAGAAGCCAGCGGAGAAGAAACCAGUAGAGGAGAAGAAGACGGUGGCGGAGAAAUCACCGGCGGAGAAGAAGCCAAAGGCCGGAAAGAAACUGCCAAAGGAAGGCGGUGCAGCGGCGGCCGGAGACAAGAAGAAGAAGAGAUCAAAGAAGAGCGUAGAGACAUACAAGAUCUAUAUCUUCAAGGUUCUCAAGCAGGUUCAUCCUGAUAUUGGAAUCUCCAGCAAGGCCAUGGGGAUCAUGAACUCAUUUAUCAACGAUAUUUUCGAGAAGCUUGCUCAGGAAUCUUCCAAGCUUGCAAGGUACAACAAGAAGCCUACGAUCACAUCUCGGGAGAUCCAGACUGCCGUUAGAUUGGUUCUUCCCGGUGAAUUGGCCAAGCAUGCUGUUUCCGAGGGUACCAAGGCUGUGACUAAGUUUACCAGCUCUUGAAUGAAUGGUUGAUAAUUUAGGUAUCUGAUGGUUUCAAAAUUAGGGUUUGUUGGCUCAGUAGUCAGAUGGGUUGAUGUUAUAUUUGCAGUAAAAUACUAAUCAUAAAUGUAAUGAUUCUAGUGUUGAUGAUAUUAAAUGAAAUUGCCUGUGUUUGCA